GUCGCGUCCGGGAACGUCCAGCUCCAGUUUGCUGCUUAUCUUGCGACUCUGGCGCACGUGAGGCGCGCAUGGGUAUUGAUGGAGAAACCGCUUCAGAGCAGGAUGGACGAACACCCGACCAUGCAGACUGUGAUGGCGCUGCUGGGUGCGUCUGCGAUUCUCACAUACAUGGGCGCGUUCCAGCCCAGGCCGCUCAUCCCGAAAGCGUGCAACCUCAUCACUACUUUACCUUCCACUGUUCACAACAUGCUGGCGGAGAAACGCCCGAUGUGCAGCUCCAAGAAGUCGGACAGGGAUCGGUUCCACGCGGAGAUUCGAGGGUGG